CUUUACUCACUCUCUGCUGACAUUUUUGUAUAGUACCUAAUUAUGUUGACAUUCUGAUAUCUUGGUCCAGCGCCAUCAGACAUCCCGUCAAUCUCCUGAGUUAUACAGCUGCUUCAUCGCAUAUACUCGUAUCCCAGAAGAUCGCGCAGUCCCGCUCAUAAUCGUCCUCUUGGGGAGAAUUUGGACCAUCAUGUGUCAUAACUUCAUAUAACUCAUCGGUUCCCCGAUUGAGCUUCAAUUAUCCAAAUCCCGUUCGCUUGGUUUGAGCUACCCCUUACCAUGGAUACCUACUCACAGACAUCCGGAAGUCACAGUCCGCCAAUGGACGAUUCCGAUUAUACCCUAGACAGAAGAUUGCGCAGCUUCCGGAAGCACUUUACUGAUAUCAAACCUCCAAGCGCGCUCCGUAUCGGCCCCAUCAAACCGCUGUCACUCCAGCCCAAGCGAUCGACCAGUUUUCCACAAAGUCCGACUCCUGACAGCAAUCCCGACUACAGCAAACCUUCUUUAGACAACAACAGCAACAAUAACAACACCGACACAAGUCAACCCCUGAACAGCCUGACCACCCUUCUCCCUCCAACCAGCACGACAACCAGCUCAACCACCCCCGACGACUCAAUCAACCUGAACACCAACCCCUCAACCAACGCCACCAACAUCCUCACCCGCGCAGACAUCAUCCGACACAUCCAACUCAAAAAAUUCCUCGAGGCUUUCGUCCGCCGGCGCAAGAACCUGAAAACCGAACUCGAGGACCGGCUCCGCUUGCUCAAGCAAGAAGCCAAGAACAACCGGCGCCGGAGACAGAACGUUUUCUUCUACCCGUCAUCGGCCACCUCCACCACCGCCGCGGCGAAUAAUGGAAAUAUCAGCAACGGGGACAUCAACGUAAACGGAAUGCUGGAUCUGCAGAAGGAGCAAAGGAUUGAUGGGCUGGUGGAGGAGAGAAUUAGACUGGCGCACGAGACGUAUGAGCAGCAGUUGGCUUUGUUGAUUAAUGAGUUUGUGGUGGUGGGGUUGAGGGAGGAGGUUUUGAGGGUUAUUUGAGUUUUUGUUUGGAGGAGGAGGAGGGGGGUUGUUGCCGGCGAUGGGAGACGUUCGGUGAAAAUGUUGUGAAUGGGUUAGGGGUAUGUUAUGGGGGCCAGGAUGUAUGGGUUUGGGACUCAUUCAGUUGCCUGCCG